UCCUCCAGCGGCCGGUCCCUCGCACCGUCCGGUGCCUGUCACGUCCUUCCCGGUUCCUGCUGGGCCCUCCUGGCAGUCGAGGCGGUGACCUUUGACCCCAGCACAGAACUGACCCGGACCUCUCAGGCUGCCCUGCCUCGAGAGCCUCUCUCCUCCGAGGUUGUUCCCGCCCCUGAGUGGCCUUCAGCCCAGCCUGGCCUUGGGGUGAGGCCGUGGGGCAAGACUUCUGAGAAGGGCUAGAGGAAGGCCGGCCUGUCCGAAGUGUUCAGGUGUCCGGAAUGGCCCCCAUACUGUCCCUCUUUUCAGUCUCUGACCGGCGGACUUCAGCCCACCCUUCGCACAGAAUCAGUGAAACUACCGUGUUUUCUCUGGCUUCCUUGAUGUGAGCCUGGGAAAUGAACCUGUUCUCAGGCAGGUGUGGAGAAGAAACAAGAGGAGGAAAAAACUGGUUACCUGGGGAAGGAGAGCUAUCAGAAGCGGAGGAGUGCUGCCUCUGGAGAAUGGGGAAGUAGGGUCAUCAGACCCUUCCCAGUUCUUUCUCUCCAGAAAAAGUUUUGAACUUAAUUCUCUAACCAUGGCACAAGUAGAGAAAAGAGGGGGUUUGCUCCGGAAAUCUUCAGCCUCCAAAAAACCACUAAAGGAAAAAGUGGUGCUGAUGUAUGAUGAAAUCUUCAUGACAGAGGACCCCAGUAAGUGCAGUCCUCGAUUCUGGGAGGAGCUCUUCCUCAUGAAGGUGAAUUUAGAGUACCUAGAAGGCAAGCUGGAGUCUCUUGAUGGUGAGGAGUUAAUGAAGAUCAAGGACAAUAUUAAUUGCUUAUUUCAACACUGCAUCCAGGCUCUGGGAGAGGAGCAUCCAAUUCGAGUUGUCAAUGCAUUGCAGACCUUGUGUGCACUCAUACGAGGAGUCCAUCAAAAGAAUAAGUCUACCUCGGGGUUUGACAUUAUCAACAUGCUGAUGGGCUUUGACAAGGCCGAGCUGUGCAUGAAGAACUUGAUGGAGAGUUUGGACUCAUUGCUUUGUGCAGAAGGUUCUGAAAGUCUGAAGAGUUUAUGUCUGAAACUUCUCCUUUGCUUAGUGACUGUGACAGAUAACAUCAGCCAGAACACUAUCCUGGAGUAUGUAAUGAUCAACAGCAUAUUUGAAGCAAUUUUACAGAUUCUCUCUCACCCUCCAAGUCGUAGGGAGCAUGGGUAUGAUGCUGUAGUCCUCUUGGCUUUGCUGGUGAACUACAGAAAAUAUGAGUCUGUGAAUCCUUAUAUUGUGAAGCUGUCUAUUGUGGAUGAUGAGGCCACGCUCAAUGGAAUGGGGCUUGUGAUUGCUCAGGCUUUAUCUGAGUACAAUAGGCAGUAUAAAGACAAGGAAGAAGAACACCAGAGUGGUUUUUUCUCUGCUUUAACAAAUAUGGUCGGCAGCAUGUUCAUAGCAGAUGCCCAUGAGAAAAUCUCAGUCCAAACCAAUGAGGCCAUCCUUCUGGCACUUUAUGAAGCUGUUCAUUUAAAUCGCAACUUCAUCACAGUGUUAGCCCAGAGUCAUCCAGAAAUGGGCUUGGUGACAACCCCUGUCAGUCCUGCUCCAGCAACCCCAGCCACACCACUUGGGACCACACCGCCCUCCUCUGAUGUUAUAAGUUCUGUGGAACUCCCACUGGAUGCAGAUGUACAGACCAGUAAUCUACUGAUAACCUUCUUAAAGUAUAGCUCGAUUGUCAUGCAGGAUACCAAAGGUUUAUUUUUCUCUACAGAUGAGCACCGGCUUCACAGCGGCAAACUCUGUCUGAUUAUCCUUACAUGUAUUGCAGAGGAUCAGUAUGCCAAUGCAUUUUUGCAUGAUGACAACAUGAAUUUUCGAGUAAACUUACAUAGAAUGCCCAUGAGACACAGGAAGAAGGCAGCAGACAAGAACCUUCCCUGCCGUCCUUUAGUAUGUGCGGUGCUGGACCUGAUGGUAGAGUUUAUUGUAACACACAUGAUGAAGGAGUUUCCUAUGGAUCUCUAUGUACGCUGCAUUCAGGUGGUACAUAAACUACUUUGCUACCAGAAGAAGUGUAGAGUACGCCUGCAUUACACCUGGCGAGAACUCUGGUCAGCCUUGAUAAAUUUGCUGAAGUUCCUUAUGUCAAAUGAGACCGUACUUUUGGCCAAACACAACAUUUUUACGUUAGCCCUUAUGAUUGUGAACCUAUUUAAUAUGUUUAUCACAUAUGGCGACACAUUCCUGCCCACUCCCAGCAGCUAUGAUGAACUCUACUAUGAGAUUAUCCGCAUGCACCAGAGCUUUGACAACCUCUACUCCAUGGUCCUGAGGCUUUCUACCAAUGCAGGCCAGUGGAAAGAAGCAGCCAGCAAGGUGACCCAUGCGUUGGUUAAUAUCAGAGCCAUCAUCAACCAUUUUAACCCCAAAAUUGAAUCCUAUGCUGCUGUGAAUCACAUAUCCCAACUGUCGGAGGAGCAGGUGCUGGAGGUAGUGCGAGCCAACUAUGAUACGCUCACACUGAAGCUGCAGGAUGGCCUGGACCAAUAUGAGCGCUAUUCGGAGCAGCACAAGGAAGCUGCCUUCUUCAAAGAGCUGGUUCGAUCCAUUAGCACCAAUGUCCGGAGAAACCUGGCCUUCCACACACUCAGCCAGGAAGUCCUGCUCAAGGAGUUUUCCACUAUCUCCUGAAGCCACACAUACCUGAGCAGCCGCUGACUGCCCUUACUCAUGAGGCUCCUGGGCUGGAGGGGGGGCGUGAGGGGAGAGGGGGCUGUCCCCAAGGUUGAAGAAAAACACAGAUACCAAGUUCUCUUGGUGAAGGCCCCCCCACUUGGACAGCAGGGGCCAGGAGGGGCAAGCCAGGGAUAAUCUUAUUUGGGGAGGGAUGGGUGGGCACAGGGGGAAGCCUUCAAGAAUGUGGGGAAUUCCAGGGUAGGCUCCCUGGACACCCCCUCAUAUUUCCAAUUGAGAUUACAGGUUGUGGCUACUGACUCAUUUUCAGGAGCUGUUGGGGCAAGCCUUAGGAUGAUGCCUGCACUCUGAGGGUCAAUGGCUGUCCUAGGCUUCUGAAAACAGACUAACUCUCAGAUGUAGGUGGAGCCAAUUCUGCUUCCUUUAGGCCUGGGGGUGAGCUGGGCUUGAAGUUUGUGUCCCCUGCCCCAACUGGCAUUCUGUCCAGUCGGUUAGUACCCUUAGCUCAGACUUAGGGUAGGGUAGAAAUGGGAUGCUUUUUAUCUAUUUUCUAAAUUCAGAGCUGACUCCUCUGGGAGACUGAAG